GAAAGGGAGAAAAUCCCAAGCAGACACUGUGCUGAGGGUGGAGCUAACAGGGGGACUCGAUCUCCCAACCCCGAGAUCAUGACCUGAGCCGAAACCAAGCGUCAGACACUUAACUGACUGAGCCUCCCAGGCACCCCGUCCUGAGCUCUCUUUUUGUCUUUUCAACGUAUUUCUUGAGUCCUUACCAUGUGCUGGGCUCAGUACUUGGUGCUGAGGGACAAAGGGCUGAGCAAAAUAGUUAUAAUCCCUCCCCAAAAUUUACAGUCAGCGGGAUGGUGAGACAAGGGGCAAUUUAUUUUUUUAAAUUAUUUUUUUAUCUUAAAGAUUUUUAUUUAUUUAACCAUGAGAGACAGAGAGAGGGGCAGAGACACAGGUAGAGGGAGAAGCAGGCCCCAUGCAGGGAGCCCGACUGGGAUUUGAUCCUGGACCUCCAGGAUCACGCCCCGGGGCUGAAGGCAGCGCUGAACCGCUGAGCCACCCGGGCUGCCCAGGGCAACUUAGCUAUAAUUGUGGCAAGUACUUGAGAGGAAACGUACUUGCCAGGGAGGUAAAGGAGACCAAACGCAGUUUGCAGUCUGCGUGGGGGAGCUGGGACACCUUCCCUGAGGAAGUUCCAUCUAAGCUGUGACCCGGGGGAGAAGUUGAGCCUGACUCGGCGAAGUGUGCGUGGUGUGAGUGUGAUGGGGAACAACGUGGAAGGAGAUUCCCUUUUGUAUAGAGGUCACCGAUUGGCAGCUCACAGGCUGAAUUCAUUCCAUAGAUGUGAUUUAUUUGGCUUGCAGUGUUGAAAAAUGUGAAUUACUUGCCAACAUUUAAAAAUCAGGAGCUGUCACAUUAAAAUGUACAUUUUUUUCAGCAGCUGUUGAAAAAUCCGAUCAGGCUCCCCUGGGAUGCCAGUGGCAGCUACCUACUGGUGUGGGGUGGUACGUGCCCCUGCUGAGCUCAGGGGGUGCACUCUCUUUAGUUCCUCCCAGAUCCCCUAAGCCAUGGGUGCCUUUGCUCAUUGACACAGGCACUUGAGUUUGUCACCACCAACAAAUCAGUGCUGUUUAGGGAAGAGGUGAACGUGUGUGUAAGUGUGCUGCUUUGGAGUCAGGCGGAUCAGGGGUCAAAUCCUGGUUCCUGCACCUCUGGGGCUACUUGAGCUAGGGCAGGGCAGUUACCUCCCUCCCUCUGCCUCCAGUCCCUCGCCUGUUGCCUAUGGAAGGGGGAUACCAUUGCCUUCCUCCAGGAUUUUGGGGGGGGUGAGGCGUCUGAAGGGCUUCGCUUGGCCGGGAGGUGCUGUCUAUGAUGAUAGCUCCCGGGGCGGUCGGCUGUCAUGGUGUUAAAACCAACUCCUCCCUUUCUCUCAGCAGCAUGUCGUGGUUUAGUGGCCUCCUGGUCCCCAAAGUGGACGAACGGAAGACAGCCUGGGGUGAACGCAAUGGGCAGAAGCGUCCACGCCGCGGGACUCGGACCAGUGGCUUCUGCACGCCCCGCUAUAUGAGCUGCCUCCGGGAUGCGCAGCCCCCCAGUCCCACCCCUGCGGCUCCGCCUCGGUGCCCCUGGCAGGAUGAGGCCUUCAUCCGGAGAGGCGGCCCGGGCAAGGGCACGGAGCUGGGGCUGCGGGCGGUGGCCCUGGGCUUCGAGGACACUGAGGCCAUGUCAGCGGCUGGGGCAGCUGAGGUGGCCCCUGACGUGACCCCCGGGAGUAGGCGAUCCUGCUGGCGCCGUCUGGCCCAGGUGUUCCAGUCGAAGCAGUUCCGCUCGGCCAAGCUGGAGCGCCUGUACCAGCGGUACUUCUUUCAGAUGAACCAGAGCAGCCUGACGCUGCUGAUGGCGGUGCUGGUGCUGCUGACAGCGGUGCUGCUCGCCUUCCAUGCUGCGCCUGCCCGCCCUCAGCCUGCCUACGUGGCCCUGCUGGCCUGUGCCGCCACCCUCUUCGUGGCGCUCAUGGUGGUGUGUAACCGGCACAGCUUUCGCCAGGACUCCAUGUGGGUGGUGAGCUACGUGGUGCUGGGCAUCCUGGCAGCCGUUCAGGUUGGGGGUGCCCUGGCAGCCAACCCCCGCAGCCCCUCUGUGGGCCUCUGGUGCCCUGUGUUUUUUGUCUACAUCACCUACACGCUCCUACCCAUCCGCAUGCGGGCAGCUGUCUUCAGUGGCCUGGGCCUGUCCACCCUGCAUUUGAUCUUGGCCUGGCAACUCAACCGCGGUGACGCCUUCCUCUGGAAGCAGCUCGGUGCCAACAUGCUGCUGUUCCUCUGCACCAACGUCAUUGGCAUCUGCACACACUACCCAGCUGAGGUCUCUCAGCGCCAGGCCUUUCAGGAGACCCGCGGUUACAUUCAGGCCCGGCUGCACCUGCAGCACGAGAACCGGCAGCAGGAACGGCUGCUGCUGUCCGUGUUGCCCCAGCAUGUUGCCAUGGAGAUGAAAGAAGAUAUCAACACAAAGAAAGAAGACAUGAUGUUCCACAAGAUCUACAUCCAGAAGCAUGACAAUGUCAGCAUCCUGUUUGCAGACAUUGAAGGCUUCACCAGCCUGGCGUCCCAGUGCACCGCGCAGGAGCUGGUCAUGACCCUGAACGAGCUCUUUGCCCGGUUUGACAAGCUGGCUGCGGAAAAUCACUGCCUGAGGAUCAAGAUCUUAGGGGACUGUUACUACUGUGUGUCGGGGCUGCCGGAGGCCCGGGCAGACCAUGCCCACUGCUGUGUGGAGAUGGGGGUGGACAUGAUCGAGGCCAUCUCGCUGGUGCGUGAGGUGACAGGUGUGAACGUGAACAUGCGCGUGGGCAUCCACAGCGGGCGUGUGCACUGUGGCGUCCUUGGCCUGCGGAAAUGGCAGUUCGAUGUGUGGUCCAAUGACGUGACUCUGGCCAACCACAUGGAGGCGGGGGGCCGGGCCGGCCGCAUCCACAUCACCCGGGCCACGCUGCAGUACCUGAACGGGGACUACGAGGUGGAGCCGGGCCGUGGUGGUGAGCGGAACGCGUACCUCAAGGAGCAGCACAUCGAGACCUUCCUCAUCCUGGGAGCCAGCCAGAAACGGAAAGAGGAGAAGGCCAUGCUGGCCAAGCUGCAGCGGACGCGGGCCAACUCCAUGGAAGGCCUGAUGCCACGCUGGGUGCCCGACCGCGCCUUCUCCCGGACCAAGGACUCCAAGGCUUUCCGCCAGAUGGGCAUUGAUGAUUCCAGCAAAGACAACCGGGGUGCCCAAGAUGCCCUGAACCCCGAAGAUGAGGUCGAUGAGUUCCUGGGCCGUGCCAUCGAUGCCCGCAGCAUCGAUCAGCUACGGAAGGACCACGUGCGCCGCUUCCUGCUUACCUUCCAGAGAGAGGAUCUUGAAAAGAAGUACUCGAGGAAGGUGGACCCCCGCUUUGGAGCCUAUGUGGCCUGUGCGCUGUUGGUCUUCUGCUUCAUCUGCUUUAUCCAGCUCCUCGUCUUCCCACACUCAACCGUGAUGCUUGGGAUCUACGCCAGUAUCUUUGUGCUGCUGCUGAUCACCGUGCUGACCUGUGCCGUGUACUCCUGUGGCUCUCUCUUCCCCAAGGCCCUGCGACGUCUUUCCCGCAGCAUCGUCCGCUCUCGGGCGCACAGCACUGUGGUUGGCAUUUUUUCAGUCUUGCUAGUGUUCACCUCCGCCAUCGCCAACAUGUUCACCUGUAACCACACCCCCAUCCGGACCUGUGCAGCCCGGAUGCUGAAUGUAACACCCGCUGACAUCACCGCCUGCCACCUGCAGCAGCUCAAUUACUCUCUGGGCCUGGAUGCUCCGCUGUGUGAGGGCACCGCACCCACUUGCAGCUUCCCUGAGUACUUCGUUGGGAACAUGCUGCUGAGUCUCUUGGCCAGCUCUGUCUUCCUGCACAUCAGUAGCAUCGGGAAGUUGGCCAUGAUCUUUGUCCUGGGGCUCAUCUAUUUGGUGCUGCUUCUGCUGGGCCCCCCAGCCACCAUCUUUGACAACUAUGACCUGCUGCUUGGUGUCCAUGGCUUGGCUUCUUCCAAUGACACCUUUGAUGGGCUGGACUGCCCAGCUGCGGGGAGGGUGGCACUGAAAUACAUGACCCCUGUGAUUCUGCUGGUGUUUGCCCUGGCGUUGUAUCUGCACGCCCAGCAGGUGGAAUCAACUGCACGUCUGGACUUCCUCUGGAAACUGCAGGCAACGGGGGAGAAGGAGGAGAUGGAGGAGCUCCAGGCCUACAACCGAAGGCUCCUGCAUAACAUUCUGCCUAAGGACGUGGCUGCCCACUUCCUGGCCCGGGAGCGCCGGAACGAUGAGCUCUACUACCAGUCGUGUGAGUGUGUGGCCGUCAUGUUUGCCUCCAUUGCCAACUUUUCUGAGUUCUAUGUGGAGCUGGAGGCAAACAAUGAGGGUGUCGAGUGCCUGCGGCUGCUCAACGAAAUCAUCGCUGACUUUGAUGAGAUCAUCAGCGAGGAGCGGUUCCGGCAGCUGGAGAAAAUCAAGACGAUCGGUAGCACGUACAUGGCUGCGUCGGGGCUGAACGCCAGCACCUACGAUCAGGCCGGCCGCUCCCACAUCACUGCUCUGGCCGACUAUGCCAUGCGGCUCAUGGAGCAGAUGAAACACAUCAACGAGCACUCCUUCAACAACUUCCAGAUGAAGAUUGGGCUGAACAUGGGCCCAGUUGUGGCAGGCGUCAUUGGGGCUCGGAAGCCACAGUAUGACAUCUGGGGGAACACGGUGAAUGUCUCUAGCCGUAUGGACAGCACAGGGGUUCCUGACCGAAUCCAGGUGACCACGGACUUGUACCAGGUUCUAGCUGCCAAAGGCUACCAGCUGGAGUGUCGAGGGGUGGUCAAGGUGAAGGGCAAGGGGGAGAUGACCACCUACUUCCUCAAUGGGGGCCCCCCCAGUUAGCAGGGCCCAGCUACAAGUUCAGCUGUCAGGACCAAGGUGGGCAUUUAAGUGGACUCUGUGCUCGCUGGAUGGAGCUGUGGCCGGGGGCACCAAGCCUCCAGACCCUGCUGACCACAAAAGGGAACACCUCAGCAGGCUGUGCUUGGACCAUGCUCGUCUGCCCUCAGGCUGGUGAACAAGGGAUACCAAGAGGAUUAUGCAAGUGACUUUUACUUUUCUAAUUGGGGUAGGGCUGGCUGUUCCCUCUUUCUUCCAGCUUUUGGGAGCAGGGGAGGCAGCAGCAGCAGAGGCAGCAGGAGCCCUCCUGCCUGAGGGUUUAAAAUGGCAGCUUGCCAUGCCUACCCUUUCCCCUGUCUGUCUGGGCAACAGACUUGGGGCUGGGCCCUUCCUUUCCCUCUUUUUCCUGGGAAUAUUUUGUACAAAGACUGGGGCGGGCAUGAGGAGUACCUAUUCCGUGCUUGCCUCUGCUAUGCCUGCGUCCCCAGCACUGGCCUUGGGUACCCCACCCCAGUCUGGUCUCCCUUCUAGGCACAGGGCAGAGGAGGGAGACACUCUGGGGACCCAGCUCUGUCCAUAUUUCAGGGGAGUAUUUCCAUUUGCCAAAUCCUAGUCCCAUGAUCUGUCCCCAAAGGGGAACAAAGGGACUUUUGACAGCUCAGAUUUAGCCCCAGUUCCUGCACAACUCCAGGGAAAGGGGCAUCUGGCCUCAUUGGUACUGUGAAAAUGGCCAGCCAGAGAGCAAGCAUGUAUGUGGGGAUGUCAGAAGAUCAGGAGCUGGAAGUACACCUGCAGGUGCCAAAGUGAGCAGGCCGGCCAGGGAGUGGGGUGGUACCAGACUCUUGAUCUGAGGGCCCCACUGGGGUCGGGAUCAGGUCACUCUGCCCCCAUGCUAUCUUGCUGUCUGCCGGCAAAGGGGCACAGAGCAUCUCUACCCCCUCUGUUGCCAAAUAGAAAAGGGUCAGGGCAUGGAGGAGGAUGACCCUGGUCCAAACCUGUCCUCCCAAGUCUUUGGCACUGGGGAGGGCCUGUGUGUCUGUGUCAUGUGUGUGCAUGUUGGCUUUGGUGUGUGUAUCUGUUUCCCAGGUUUGUGUGUGUCCUUGUGCUCCUCCUCAGCUCCCUACCUGGGGCUGCCUCUCUCCUGUGGGCCUCUGUCUUCUGGGAAUAAGGCAGGGUGUCGGAUUUCAAGGGAUGGAGAAAGAUGCCUCGGUUGCACAGGAGUGGCAUGGGGUAUGGUAGUAAGAGGAGGGUGCCCUGGGGAGAAGAGUCCUUUUUGUGCCAAAUCCCUAAGUGCCAUUUGGGGGCUGUGUGCGUAGCAUGACUGUGUCCCUGCCUGGGGCAGGAACCCAGGUGCCUACUUGAGCCUCAGUGCUCCAGGCACUUGAACCGUCUGGGGUUUGGUGGCCAGAGGCUCAGGAACUUCCUGGGUUCCCCAGCUGGUGGUAUACUUUGGGACUGGGGUAGCAUGGGAUCUCUCUGAAGACCCAGAUACUGGUACUUAGGGGAUGGGGCAAGGGAACCUGAAACUUGGCGUUCUUCAGCCUUCAGUCUCAGUUUAGCAUGUUCCUGGCUCUUCAAUCCCCAUGAAGCCUGCAAGGACUAGAAGGGUUGGGAGGUUGGACUCUAGAUACCCUUCCUAUCUCUGCCUUCCUUUCACCGCUUUCUCUGCAACCUCCUUGCUUCAGGCCUGAAUUAAUUGGUGCCUUGGUUUCUCUGUAUCUAGAGUCAGAGGCAUUAGCCUGAAUUUUGCUUGAAGAUCAUUUUGUCUUGGAGGUGAUUAGAAAGACCGAGGAGAGAGGGUCCCAGAGUUGCUGGGACCCCUUGCGGAGGCCUGGUUCUGGCUCAUAUUGCCUCCCUUGGGGGAUCUUCAUGCAUCAACCAAAUGGGCUAUCAGGCACUUCAUUAGACAUGGCAGGAGGAGGGGAAAAGACUAAUUGGUCCAGACAGAAAAUCAGCUUCCUUUCCCCAGCCAUAUCCCUGGAUAGGAAAGGACUGCUUGGAGCCCUUGGGUGGGAGUGAGGAUGUAAGGAGACCAGAGGGGAAAGACCUCAGUCUUGGGUAACUUGUCUUUGCUUCUUGCCAAGCGGGAGGGUCCUGUCCACACCCUGACUCCCCAUACCACAGUGCCAGCCAUGCCCUUCUCCUGGGCUCCCAUUGCCCCCUCUCUCACCAGGUGAUGGGGGAGUCAGUGGAUGGGAGGCCCAUGGACUUUGGUUUUAUAAUGUAACCACUGUGGGGGGGAGGGUGGUGUAUCAUGUAUUUCAGUGAAAUAUUUAAUAUAUUUAAAUAUCAAUAAAAUCAAAUUCUUUGUAAAA